AUGCGCCCUCCAUCUCUCCCAACAAUCCUCCGCAGUCUGACACUCACAAACCUAACGCGCCCAUUCCUCACAACUCCACCACGCCCCUUCGCCCAUCUGAACCCUAGCAAAAUACCUAACAGCCUACCCCUCCGGUCUAUGCCCACGCUCCCCUUCGGCCUCGGCGCAUUCUUCUCCUCCAGCUCAGAAACAAUGUCCAACACCGAACCCUUCCCCGUCCAGAAAUCCAAGGACGAAUGGCAAGCAGUCCUUAACCCCGAACAAUUCCGCGUCAUCAGAGAGAAAGGCACGGAAGCCCCCGGCACAGGCGAGUACGACAAACACAUGCCCAAAGAAGGGGCAUAUACCUGUCGCGCGUGCGGCGCGCCCCUCUACCGCGCCACGCACAAAUUCAAGAGCGGGUGUGGAUGGCCUGCGUAUUUCGAUAGUAUUCCGGGCGCUGUGAAGAGGAACGUCGAUCGUACUUUUGGGAUGGAACGGACGGAGAUUGUGUGUGCGAAUUGUGGGGGGCAUUUGGGGCAUGUGUUUAAAGGGGAGGGGUAUCCGACGCCGACGAAUGAGCGGCACUGUGUUAAUUCGGUGAGCUUGAGGUUUGCGCCGGAGGAGAAGGAGGCGGCGCAGUAG